AUGUCUACACGCCAGCCACCCCCAGCUUACACAGCACCGCCCGAUUCGGGGGUUCAUGCAACUUCGCAGUUGUACCGCUCAAUCUCCGAAACCGCAUCCAGCCCCUCUGCACGAAUCCCGAAGGAAUCAUUCACUAUCAGACCAUGCUCUGCCCAAGCGUGGGUCGUCCCUGCCGGCCACAUCUGCCGCCUGACGACGCCCAAGGGACCACAGGUGGGUGACCUGAAUAUCUGGAACGCAAAUAACCCCCGAGAACGGAUGUGGGCUGCGCGUACCCGACAGAUCCACGCCUCCCACGUCUCAGUGGGUGAUCGACUCUGGUCGAACCUGCCGUACCUGCGACCCCUCGUAACAAUCACGGGUGACUCGUUGGGCGGUGGGCAGCUGCAUGACGUGCUUGGACCGGAUGGAAAGCGCAACCCGGAAGUUGUGUUUGGGCCUACGCAGUUUGGAGGGCGAGUGCAUGACUUGAUGGGCACUCGCUGCGAUCCUUACGUGAACUUGCUCAUGGGCGGAGAGACCUUUGACUUCCACUGUCAUUCGAACCUGACUCGCUCCGUCGUCCCUCAUGGACUGACGGAGCUAGAUGUCCAUGAUGUCUUGAAUGUGUUUCAAGUGACGGGGUUGGAUGAGAAUGGAAAGUACUUCAUGGAGACCUCCCCUGCAAAGGCGGGCGAGUACUUUGAGUUCUUUGCGGAAGUGGAUGUUCUCUGCGCGCUAUCUGCGUGUCCUGGCGGUGAUUUGUCCAAUUGGGGUUGGGAUGAUAAGGAAGCUGACAUGGGAGCCACUUGUCGUCCGUUGGGUGUGGAGGUAUAUCAACUGACAGAUGAUAAGGUCCUGGAGGGGUGGAAGGCUCCAGAAAGUCCCCAGUACAAGGGAAUGCAUGGGAUGAAGAUGCCUCCCCGCGAAGAGGAUGGCUACAUUGGACUUUAG